UCGGGCUGGGCUGCUUGACUAUUUGAUAACGGACAUUGUGUCUGAAAUCAUAAGUCUUCCACCUCUGAUUCUCUGGUACAGAAUCCAGGAACACUGGUUAAGUUUACUGUCCGCCUUUGAAUAACUGAAAUACUGCUGAGAAAAGGCGUUAAACACAAAACAACAACAACAACACCAAAUAUAAAAUAAAAAAAAGACGAAUUCUCGUUAUGCAGUUUGAUAUUUUUCAUAAACGUACAAAAAGCGAGGAAUGCCAAAGCACUAUGCAGGGAAAACGUAAUUUGGUGAUUGUCCUUAUGGAAUCUGAAAAAAAAAUAAACAGGAACGAAUAGUAUAAAAACCGUUUUUAACAAACAUUUCAAUCUAAUAAUUACAUGUUUAACACAUUUCAUAUUGUGCAUAAAAUAGUAAGCUGUAUACGCCCAUGCAUUCAGGGUAGACAUGGUAAUUGCUGUCAAGCGAGACUAUUUUUUUUUUUUUAAUGUUGAAAAUAACUCGCCUGUGACAAUUCAAACUCGACACGCCUAAUGUUUCCCUACCACGAUAAAAUGAUUCGGAAUACUUAACUGUUUGAUAAUAUGGCAUAUAACUUUGUACUCUUAACGUUGUUUGUGCUGACUCACUUGUUGCACGUUGGAGGAGUCACAAAGUAUCCGCCACAAUUAGGAGGUGGUGCUGAUGGCGUCAAUGGGGACGAGUUUUUAAAAGGGACAGCAGAUACACCGAAGCUUGAGAUGCGUUCCCUCUGUACACGAAGUACAUCGACAUCAACUGCGGUGGAUAUGUUUCUCUCUGUGUACCAGAAAGACACCGCAUUCAAGUUCAGUAACAUAGGACCCGACAACGAUCAAUUCGUGGAUUACACAUGUUUCCUGAUAGGUGCGCAGGAAUACAUCAACAACAAAAAUGUCGAGAAGGCGACUACGCUGACAAACUGCGGGAACACGGCGACACUGACUAAAGUAGACGCCACCAACCCAAUAGAUACUGGCUUUGAAACGCGGACUCACACCACAACGAUUAGCUUUACUCCUACAGACGCCACGUAUGGCUGUGGCGGUUUUCAAGACGGGAACAAUCAAGCUGUAUUUGCCGUGACCUGUAAAAGAUACGAGGCCUACGACAAAGCUUUUGACUACACCUUCGUAGCCUUCUACGACGCCAACAAGGAGGCUUGUACAGCGCUACAGUUAGAUCCCGUGAAUUUUGAUGUUGCCGACCCACCCACCGUGAACCACAAGCGGGAGUUUGAGGUCACUUUCAAAGCCUAUACUAAUUCAGAUCUAGUGAGUGUACCCUGGCCGGAUGGUCCGCAGUCUACAGAUGGUGCUCACGGCGGUAUAAUCCAAGAGGUCACGACCGCUGCUAUACCACUUGGAACCGCCAUAUAUUUUGAGAUUUGCUUGAUGAAUCCAUCAACACCGCCUGAUUUCUAUCCGGACGGUGUUGGAUUUAUUGGCGUUUAUGUAAAGAAGUGUACGGCAAGGAACGACGCGACUGCUGGCACGGAGGGUAUCAAUCCCGACACACCUGUAACCUUUAUAGAUAACGGCUGUGCAUUAGGUGUUGAACCUACGGAAUAUCUCGCAAAAGCUGGCUCCAGUAAUGGUAGAGGUUUUAUGUACGUUAAAGACACAACUGACGCAACAAUGGACUGGUUGAGGACACCUAACUGCUUCCGGUGGGUCGUUUUAUGACAAAGAGUUUACAUAUUUUAGUGGUAUCUGCAGCAAUUCAUACAAUGCUGGCACCAGUCAGUUUUGUGUAGGGAAUCGGCAGAUUCUUGAUAUUGCCUCUGAAACGUUGAGGCCCAUAUCUUUAUUUCCGCGUAAUUUUGACUGGUUCUGCCGGCGCAUUCGA